CAACCAGCCAUAGCACAGCACAACAGCAGCAGAAGCGAGUCACAGGCUCACAGUCUCACAGCUUCAACAAACAAAGCCAUCGAUCCGUGUUCACUGCGCCCAGGACAUCAUUUCCCAUGGCGACCACGGUGAUGGCCUCCGCCGCGAGCUCCCUCGCCUUCGCCGCCACCGGCGCGCGCGCCGGCAGCUUCCCCACCCGGCUUCCGGCGGCUGGGCUCGCGCCGCGCCGGCGCGCGCCGCUCGUCUGCAAGGCCGCCAAGCCCAAGGAUGCUGAGACAAUCAGCGCGGCCGCCACGCCCAAGCCGGCGAGCCCGGGGAUCUGGGACGCGCUGGCGUUCAGCGGGCCGGCGCCGGAGCGGAUCAACGGGCGCCUCGCCAUGGUGGGCUUCGUGUCCGCGCUCGCCGUCGAGGCGGCCCGAGGGGACGGCCUCCUCGCGCAGGCCGGCAACGGCGCGGGGCUCACGUGGUUCGCGUACACCGCCGUCGUGCUGUCCGCGGCGUCGCUGGCGCCGCUGCUCCAGGGGGAGAGCGCUGAGGCCCGGAGCGGCGGCUUCAUGACCGCCGACGCCGAGCUCUGGAACGGCCGCCUCGCCAUGCUGGGGCUCGUCGCGCUCGCGGCCACCGAGUACCUCACCGGCGCUCCCUUCGUCCACGUGUAGAUACGGCGUAUAUUCUACGUGUCUGUAGAUGUGUAGAGGAGCUAGUGUAUACGUAUGUUUGUACGGCCGGUGGUGCUUGUAAGCUCGGUUAAGUCCUGUCGUAUGGAAACAUUCUAGGAUUCUCUCGAAAAAAUCUAAGGGGGAACAAGGACUCGUUUGACAAAA